AUGAAGCGCUUUACAAUAAUCAUACCCAUGAUUCUAUCCAUUGCGGGCUUUGUGCUCGCAAUGUUGUCGCUCUUUGCAGGCUCAAAGCCUGGGCAGCUCGAGGACUACCACAUUAUAGCUCUCAACAUGUCCAACUUUGGUCAUGAUCUCGUCCCUACACCUACCAGUGGCAGCUCAGAACCAACCUCCACCGACGACAGCUGGGGUAGCUUCUUCACAUCGGUUGUGGAAACAUUGGCCUCUGAGAUCAGUGACGAGCUGAGCGAAAUUGAGGACGAUAUUGCCGACAAGCUGUCAGAGGAGCUUGGAAUUUCUCAAUGGUACUCUCUCCACGUCAUGACGGCUUGCGAAGGCAACUUUGCUCCCAACGCAACGACGCCGGGCGCCUGGUACAAUACGACAAACUGUACUUCCCAGGCAGCUGGUUUCCAGUUCAACCUGACCGAGGUGCUUGACCACGAGAUUUCAGUGGGCCCACUGGACUUGAAUCCCGCCGAUCUUCCCGUUCCCGACGAUAUCACCGAUGCCAUCAACUACCUCAAUGGAUUUCUCCUUGCCAUUUUCAUUCUUUUCUGUAUUGGUGCUGGAUUUGCCGGCUUGUCUUUCCUUGCCUCCAUUGCCGCUCUGUCCUUGGGUGGUACUUCAAAGACUGGCAAAACGGGACCGUCCAGACUCAUGUCUCUCAUUAAUGCCAUACUGACCGGUCUGGCUUCCCUGGCGCUCCUGAUUGGCGCCGCCAUCACAACUGCGGUGGCCAAGAAGGGCGCAGAGAAGAUUAAUGACAAGGGUAGCGAGGUCGGUAUCUCUGCCAACGCCGGAACCAAGUUCAUCAUCAUCACCUGGGUCUCCUUUGCCGUCAUGUUUGUUGCCGUCCUGUAUUGGGUUGCAGCAGGCAUCAUGGGCCGCAGCUCCGCAACCACGGGCCGACGACGAGCCUCUCCGGGCAGGUUCGCCUUCCGCGGCCGAGAGAAGAAGACUCGUCACAGCUCCGAUUCCUCGGUCUAA